ACGGCCAAUCGCGCAUUGGCCUUCCCGAAGUUGAAACGUCCUCGUUGUGUCACUCCGCGAACAUAAGUCUUAUGGUGGACAUGAGAAAUACGUACAAUACUCGUAGUGGUUAUUGAAGUGAGAUCAGUAUAAAAGUUGUAUGAUAAAUAGAUGGGACUUGUAAUCGGCACCGAUGUGCAUUAAACGUGUGCAAGAAAAAAUAAGUAACGAAAACUCGGUUAAAGUAAAUUCUAAAGGUGUUUAAGUACCUGUUGUAUCUACUGAUAAAAUAAUCUACCUUAAUAAAUAUUCUAUACACAAUCGCCAAUGUGAUGAGAUAACAUAUGAAUAGCGCAACUUGCCUGUUCCUCCGGCGUUUAAAACGCAUGCGUAUUACGCAUAAUAAGAAGUCCCUAUCUUUUAAUUCGCUUGAAAUUACUUGCGACGCCUUAUCUCGCAUUUGUGAAUUCCCCUUCCGCCAGUGACCUACCGAUCGUGCACCAGGCAGGAUCGCAAGAACGUAAUGGCAGGAUCGACUGUGAUUCUCUUGCUGAUCCUGUCGAUCGGCAGUGUCCUGACUCGUGUGAUUCCACGUAAGGAUGGGGGACUGUCUGUUCAAAUUUUACACACUAAUGAUAUGCACGCAAGGUUUGUGCAGACGUCCAAGAUGUCCUCAACCUGCUCCAAAUCGGAUGCUGCAGCUGGACAUUGUUACGGUGGUUUCGCCAGAGUGGCAACUGUCGUAAGGGAAGCUCGGAAUUCCAGUACACCAACACUUUUCCUAAACGCAGGUGACACUUAUCAGGGUACCGUAUGGUACAAUGCUCAUAAGUGGAAGAUAGUUGCCAGGUUCUUGAACAUUCUCAACCCAGACGCUGUUUCCCUAGGAAAUCAUGAGUUUGACGAUGGCAUCAGUGGUCUCAUACCCUUCAUCAACAAUGUAACGUUCCCCGUUCUGGCUGCCAACCUGAAUCUAACUUUAGAACCUGAACUAGAAGCCACUAAACUCGCUAAAAGUACUAUACUAACUGUGAACGGAACUCAGAUCGGUGUUAUUGGAUAUCUCACUCCUGAUACAAAAAGCAUCGCCUCGACCGAAAAUGUCAUUUUCCUGGAUGAGGUAACCGCCGUUGCUGCGGAAGCCGCUAAACUUAAAGCUCAAGGAGUCAACAUCCUCAUUGCUCUUGGACAUUCCGGAUACUCAACUGACAAGAAAAUUGCCGCUGAAGUUGAAGACAUUGAUUUAGUCAUUGGAGGACAUACUAACACUUUCUUGUAUACUGGAGAGCAACCGGAUUCUGAGAUUCCUGAAGGAUAUUAUCCCACUGCCGUGACUCAGGCUAGUGGCAGAACGGUAUAUGUAGUUCAAGCUUAUGCUUAUACAAAAUAUGUUGGAAAUUUCUCGGUUGAAUUUGAUGCGGACGGUGAAGUUACGUUCAUUGAAGGAAAUCCCAUAUUGCUGAAUGGCAGCGUGGAACAGGCUGCAGAUGUUUUAGCAGAGUUGGAACUUUGGAAAGGAGCAGUAGAUAAUCUGACAACCACAGUAGUAGGUACUACUCGUGUUCUUCUUGAUGGGGACGGCAAGACCUGCCGAAGUCGAGAAUGCAAUUUGGGAAAUCUGAUAACGGAUGCCUACGUAGAAUAUGCGACUAGACAAUAUGCUGGCACUGAUGGAUGGACGAAUGCAGCCAUUGCUGUUCAACACAGUGGUGGAAUCAGAACCUCCAUUACCAGAGAUAAUGAUAAUCAGAUCACAAUGGCUGACGUUCUCGCGGUCCUUCCCUUUGGUGAUUCAGCUCUUAUGGUCAACAUGACUGGCUCAUCUAUACGAUCAAUGCUAGAAUGGAGUGUAAGAACUCUUGAAAUUAAUUCCACGAGUGAUCUAAACGGUGCUUUCCUACAAUUUUCUGGACUCCAGGUUGUCUAUGAUCUGGGUCAACCUGCAUUUAGCAGAGUCGUGUCCGUGAAAGUAAGAUGUGCCUCCUGUCGCAUACCUCAAUACCAUGAUCUUGAGGAAGGCACGUCAUACAAUGUUUUGAUAAAUUCAUUCCUGCACCAAGGUGGCGACGGGUAUACAGUAUUCAGUAAUAAGAAGUACACAGACCUUGGUAUCAACGACGCGGAUUUGUUAGUGGAAUAUCUGCAGAAACGCAGUCCAGUUUACCCUGCUGUCGAAUGGAGAAUUAAUUUCCAAAAUACAGUAACUGAAGAUACCAACGAAAAUUCAACAGGUGGCUCUGUACAUAUUACCUCUUCCGUAUUCACUGUAGGCUUAUUGAUAUUGAUUCAUCGAUUACUCACAUGAGAAUUAUAAGAAUUUUAUUUUUUUUAUUAUUUUCAUCUCUCGUGAAUUUACGCGAGAGGCGAAAGAUUCAUAAAUUACCAUAAGUCGCUUUCAAUGACAAAUUUUUAUACUUCACAAACAGUAUAGAUACGUUUAUGUACCAUCACGUACAAGUUAUAGCUUUACCUCAGGAUACAAUUAAACAUUAUUGCGAAAGAGAAUGUUACGACAACUUCGGCUGUUUCAAACGUCACUUUUGAUAGCGUAGAAUCAUAAUAAAUCGUGUAGAAACUUAAGAUGAUUGCAGAUCAAUUAAUGUCAAACGAGAAGAAAUUUUUCAAUUACUAUCGGUAGAAAACAAUACCACGUCUUCUAUGUCAACGACAAAAACGUCGUAUUUGACGAAUCUUUUAUAUAUAUAUAUAUGAGAAUUAUAAACUUUUUUGAACAACUGUAAUUAGCGCAUACUGUGCCUAAGGCACAUUAUAGUUCUUAAGAGUCAUAUUUGAAGCGACAUAUCAAAUAUUUUGUCUCUUUAUGUGUAACCGAAUAUCUUACCAAGAGCAUUUAAAAAGUUAGUAAAUAAUUUUAAUUAAAUGAUACUGUCAGAAAUAAAUAUUUGAAAUAAGAUAUGAUAAACUCAUGACGGAUGUCAUAAAUAUUUUUUGUAUAGAUGCAUGAUA